ACCUUUAACAAUCACCUCAAGUUUCAACUGACCUUAAGUAAGCGGGUAUUAUAAUGUUCUAGGUCACCGAUAUUUGUUUCAAACUCCACCAAAAUGACUGGGAUUCGAACUGUUAUAUUCGUUGCUCUGGCUGGGUCUAUCUCAUUUACAUUCUUAUUGUUAGCCUGCGCCUUACCCCAAUAUAAUGUUUGGUGGCCGUUAUUUAUGAUGAUCUUCUAUAUUCUCUCUCCAAUUCCCUUGUUGGUUGCCAAAAGAUAUCAGGAAAGCUCUUCGUUGGGGGAUAUCUGUACAUUCCUGACCACCAUAAUUGUAAUGUCAGCGUACGCAUUGCCCAUUUUGUUCGCUCGAGCACCAAAACACAAACCCCUCAUAUUUUGGGGUGCCUGCGGACUAACGCUAUCUGCUAAUACUCUCAUGUUUGCAACAAUAUUCUGGCUGGUCUAUUUGGUCGUAAAAUCAGAUGAUUUCGACAGUGGUUUCUAAACUAUGAUAAUUUUUUUCCAGCUGUAUGACUUUCAUUGUAGACCUCUUGUUUCAUGCUUUUGCUUGCUGUCUAAUGACUCCAUUAAUUUGAGAUAAAUGUCCAGUUCUCCAUCAUUCUUUAAAACGUAUAUAAUCUCCAUUUCAAUAUUCACAGAAACUUGACAUAAAAAAGUGAUUUUCGCCGGUUGAUAUUUGUGAGGCAUACAUGUAAUUCUUGAUUACUGUACCUCAUUUGUAUAACCUUCUGUCAUUGUUAAUUCUGCUUUUAAGUUCUCAAGUAUAAAUACUAAAAUACAGAUAUCAUGAGUGCCAGCUUAUUGGCAUUCAUGGAAGGGCUUCCCAUUUUUCUUCAAAUUGGUGUAGGUUCAGCUUUUUCGCUUCCCUCCCUAAUAAUUCAUAACAAUCAACAGGAUAACUGCUGAUUAAUAGGUACACAUUAUGUUUUGUGAUUUAUAUAACUCUAGAAAGAAUGUGUUGAGUCGAAAAUGCUUGUCCAGUAGUAGUUGUUGUACUGGAAUACUUAUAGUUGAUUUGUCGUUUUUAGCUUCUGUCAUCCCUUUUCGCCGUAUUGACUUUUGUUGAUUGAGAUUACAUUCUGGCAAUUUGAAACUUUCUCUGACCUUCGAAGUCACAACACAUUGUCAUUUUUGUUAGAAGACAAACAGACGUCUAGCUAAUUAGGACUGGUGGAAUUUGUAGCAUGCGCGUUUUAUUCAAAACUAACCGUAUAGUAAAUCAACCUUAAAUAGUGUUGAGUGGCGUAGCUAAGAUGUGUGACACGACAAAGAGUAUAUAUAUAUGUAAUUUCUUUUCUAUGAAACAGGCUACUAAAUUGAUCCUUUCAUCGUAGGAAAUUCUAACACUGAUAAAUGACUUUAGCUUUCUGCCUAUAGUCAUUCAAUUAUGCAUGCGUCUUGAGUACGUUUGACAUCUCAGCAAUUCGUUUUCCUAGACGUCGUCCUUGUGCACUUUUUCUGUUUUCUAAGAGGUUCUGCUAACCUUAAAUGUUGUCUGUAGGUGUACCGAUAGAUAUAGCUCAGAGCACCAUAUUACUUCACACUAAUUUGUAUUGCAGUACUUUGCAUUUACUGACUGAAGUGGGCGUUGUUGUGUUACGUGAUAGUUGGUAUCAUAUUUUAGCCCGGAAAAUUCUUUUAUUUUCUCCAACUUCAGUUAACAUGGCUAUGAUAUAUUCAUGAGAAUACCAACUUGGUACAUUAUGGGCACCAAGAGAUGCGCCACACACACCAUCUGACUGUAAUUUUUUUUUAGUGAAAAGGGGUUUAGUAACAACGUGAAUACAAAAUUAACUGGACGGAAUAACUUGUAAAUAUUAUGGAAGCGUUGUCAAAUUUAGCGUGAGCGUAUUCAUUGGGUUGUUUCAAAUACUUUCGCAAUAAACAGUGUAAUAUUUCCAUAAUCAAUUCUUUCAGUUUUUUAUCUGACCCUAUUUUUAAAUACAAAUGAACAUAGUGCAACUUAGCAGUCAUGUGUAUGCCUUUUUUAUUACUGUGUGUAACCCACUGAAUUAUUCUGUUUUAUAAUAGUAUAUCUAUUAAACAAAGUAGUAUAGAGUUACCAAGUGUCUACAAUUCUCCUAGCCAUCUGCGUAUUUAUACACUAGACAAGGCCUUAUACAUUUUGAGAAUUAAUUCUAGUAAGUCUAGUUAAGUGCGGCAGUAUACGAACUAGACAUAUAAGCGAACAGUAUUGUUUUCAGUUAGAUCUUCAGGCAUUACUCUAAUUUACAUAGAUUUAUAUAUAAAAAUUUUUAACCAAUGACGGUGAUCUUGUGGAUCAAAUAAUAAUAAUAAUGUAAAUGUUUU